AUGUUCGACUCCAGCGGUGACGACGCGCAAGAACGACUGCUUCGCGCGCCGCUGAAUCCGCAACAAAUGGCUAUGGGCAAUAUGGGGGAUCCAGGUAUCAUUCGUCAGCAAGAGAUUGGCAACGUAGGUGGUUUGACGCCUCUUUCAACCCUUUCGACCCCGUCCACAUAUUGGCAAAAGAUAAAAAUGAUGGAGGCAGCAACGCUCAUGCGCUAUUUGCGCUAUGCAAACGUGAUCUUGGCAGUAUUGCAGGCGCUUGCGGGCUUUUUGGGACUGUUUAACCUCGUCGUACUUGAUAUCACGUGUUUCCUUAUCUCUAUCUAUUCCAUUAUCUUUGCAUUGCUAUUGCUGGCAUUUGAAUGUCGAUUCAAGCACAUGGAGCCUUGGAUUCGCCAGCAAUUUGGCUUCUUGUUCACAUAUCGUGGACGUACGGCCUUUAUCUUUAUUGUGGGCUUUAUGGACUUUGGCAUGGAAGGGUCACUACCCUAUUUUGUGGGCUUUCUUAUGUGUGGCAAUGCCAUUUUGAGUCUGUUCAUUAUGCUCUUUCACCCACAGUUCCGACAAGGAACACUGAACAUGAACAUGGAUCCGACAGUUACUUAUCGUCCUGCUGUCGAGGAAACAGAGACACUGUUGCGGCAACAUGAAGGGUUGGUAUCAAAUGCCGGAGCUUUUGUGCUUCAUGAAGCAGAGGAGCACCCGGAGUUUAUGGCCAAGAUGGCUCAAUCGUACGUCUCCCAGCAUGGGUAUGUGCCGCCUGCGCACAAGUAG